AUGAGUAUCAGCAAUUGGAGCAGCAGCGAGGAUGACGAUGAUGCUCCAGUGUGGUCUUGUGCGCGCCUUGCAGAGGAAGGUGUGGCCUAUCGCGUCGUAAACGUAUUGGGCAGUGGUUUUGUGAACGAUCGAGUGGACAUUAAACAACUGGCGCUACUUGUGCGCAAUGCAGACUAUUCACCACGAGGUUUUAAUGCAUUGGUGAUGCGUUUCCAGGCCCCACGUGCAACGGUUCUCGUCUACAGAAGCGGGAAGUAUGUUGUGAUAGGAGCUACAAGUGUGGAAGGGGCGCGAUUAGCAGCAGACAAGCUGAUUUCUAUUUUAAAGAAAGUGUCAUUUCCUAGUGAUAGCAACCCGUUUACUAUUCGUAACGUGGUUGGCUCGACGGACGUGUGCUUUAAAAUACGCCUGGAAGGCUUAGCGCGAGAUCAUUUCCGGUUUAGCACAUACGAACCAGAGAUGUUUCCAGGACUUAUCUAUCGGAUGCUUCGCCCCAAGUGUACACUAUUGAUUUUCAUAUCCGGGAAACUUGUUAUCACUGGAUGCGAGACACCUGCAGACGGAGAAAAGGCGAUCGGAAAAAUCUACCCUGUUCUGUUGCAAUACCGGCUACGUGAAGACGACUCGGAUGAUGUCGAUGACGAUGAUGACGAGGAUGAUGAUGGAGAAUUAUUGAACGACAGAGUAGCACAAGUGCCCUAA